AUGGAAGCUUCAAGGUGUCUUAUCACUAUGCUUCGAUACCUUAUCGCUAUCGCCAUCUGUGCUCUGUGCGGUGAGAAAUAUUGAUUUUUUUAUUUAGAAAAAAAUAGUUCAUUCAUGAAAGUUUGAUUAGAUUUUUGAAGGCUUCAAGCAGUUAUUCUUGGUUUUCUGACCACAGAAAUGCAGAAAAAGACCUUAGAAACUUUAAAAAAAAAGCUUUAAAGAGAAAAAAAUAAGGGGUUUAAGAUGUAUAGUUCAUUCAUAUUGGACACAAAUUUACUUUAUCGUACCGCUUCGUACAGUUAUCUCGAUCAUCAGUUUCGCUACCGGCGCAGAGAAAAAUAAAUUUUCUUGAAUUUCUUUUUUUGUUCUGAAUAAUAUAAUUAAUACUCUAAUACUCAGGACCUAGAAAAAAAGCGUGAAAAAAAUGGUUAUUUUUCGUUUUUUUAAAAACUAUUCUGUGAACAAAAUGAAGCAGUUGAUGACGUAAAAUAACAGGAAUAAAAAAAGUUAGUUCGUACAGUUUAUUCAUACCAACCUUACUAGGAUUCUCUCAUCUACGUGAAUUUUCCUCAAGAAUAUUUUUUUUUUCUCAGUUUCUGCCCAGCAGACCCGCCCGCCGCCCCACAACUGCACUGCUGCGGAAAGCGCUGUAAAUUAAUUUUUGAAGAUUUUAUGGAAAAUUCUGAAUUCAGCAAGAGAAACAAUGCUUCCAACAGUACUACAACAAUUUCGGACCCCCCAACCCGUUCACUUUCUACAACUGGGCGAUGGCCUACCAGGGAAGAAUCAACGCCACCGGACGAGUCGCUUUUGAUCAGAACUGCCUGUUAGUUUUCUCCUGUUUUUUUAUUUUUAUAUUUUUUUAAAGUUAGCAGAAAGGUACAUUAAAAGUUAAAAAAAUCAAUUAUUAACGUUCUAAUUUUCUAUAAAAUCACUGCUAGUUUCUAGCUUCACCAAAUAAUUCAGCAUAAGUCAAUUGUCCGAUUUUCUCAAAAUAUCCAUUUUCAAAGAGCUGAUGAUUUUUCUCUAUUUGAUUUCCUUUUUUUCUCAAAAAAAGAUUGGCUAUUUGAACACCUGUUUUCGAGGAUUAACACGAAUCUAGUCAUCCGCAUGUUUAUUUUUGAACAAUUUCAAAAAAGAAGAAUUUUUUGAAGAGAGGAAAAAUGAUUUUUGAAGAAGGAGAUAGUGGUUUGAGUACUUUGAGAAAACGAUCAGAACGUUCCAAGUCGAGUCGAAACAGCUAUUCAAACAGUUAAAAAAACGUCAAAGCUCUGUUUGGUGAUCAUCGAAACUGCUAGUUUUUUUCAUGUUUUUUUAAUUUUUUUAAUUUUUUUAAAGUUAAUAGAAAGGUACAAUUAAGGUUAAAAAGCGAAUCAUUAAAAUUCUAAUUUUUCUAUAAAAAUUACGGCUAGUUUUCAAGCUUCACCAAAUAAUUCAGCAUAAGUCGAUUAUCCGAUUUUUCUAAUAAUUAUUUUUUUCAAAUAUUGCAAAAAAAUUAGGAAGAGAAAACUUACCAGUCAUGAUUCCGUGUUCAAAAUUUAUUCCGUUAAAUUAGAAUAAGCAGUCAGGGAAUUUAAAACAUUAAUUAGUUUUUGGAAACUCGGAAUGGUAUAUGAUGGUCGCUAAAAGGGAGAGGUUCAAAAAAGGCUGCAAAAAGGGUCCAAAAAGAGUCCCUUUAUUGAGCCUUCCAUUUUUUCUGGAAUUUCAAAGGGUCCAGAAAGGGUGGUAAAAGGGAGAGGCAGCAAAAAUGGUGCAUAAUAGUGGCGCGAAAAGGCAGCAAAAAUGGAAAAUUUCUAUGGAGCCUUUUUCCAUCCUUACCGACUUUGCCUAUGGUUUUAUAAAACCCAAACUUUCUCUAGACCCUUUGCUUAUUCAAUUUGUUUCCUUUGAAGCUGGCAACAAACCUUGGACCAAUGCUCCCGCGGUGGAAAUACCCGCCAGUGUCUGACAAAUGACAACUUCGUCCAGUGGUUCAACGUGAAUCUCACUGAUGCGAUCAACUUCCGUACUGAGUUCUACGUCACCCAGUACGAGUGUGGACCUGGAAAGCGAGGUUGGUUAGAUGGAGAAAUAAACUUCAAUCAGUUCAUCAUCGGCUUGUAUCAAAUCAAAAGAACUUCUUUUUUCUGAGCCCUAUUUGUGGGAAGUCGUUGAAAAUACUUUGUAGUCCGGAUCUUCGAAAUUUUCUCAAUAAACUGCAGAUUUCAAGCAUCCAGAUAUCUUCUGAAGCUUGACCAAUGCUCCUUUGAUUUUCAAAAAAAUUCUAGAAGAUCUGAAAAAAAUAAAAAAAUAAAUUGCUAUUAAUUUCCAGUGAUGGACCAGAACUGGAACUGCAUCAACCAGGUCUCGAUUUACGAGGCCAACGACAUCAACUCCUGCGUCAACACUUUCAACAGCAACAUCGCCAAGGGACAAGAUUUUUGCAAGUAAUCUAUUGAUUUGUUCCGAAAUCGAUUGACUAUCAACAUCAGAUCUUAUAAUCAGUACAUCACUUGCAUCGACAACAUCUACCAGAUCAUUUGUGGUCCGGCCGUUCGAGGACUCGUCUGCCAGAUCGAGGAAAUCACUCUGGAGGUCUUACUUAAAUAUUUUCAAAAAUUACAAAAAUUUCAGGUCAACACGAACCAAUGCAACAGGGUUCUGCAGCAUUGCAACAAUAGAAACUGA